ACUCUCUACAACUACAAGUGAAUAUAGAGAGCCUCAUUAUUACAUUUAGUCUCUUCCUCUUCCAUAUUUUUUUUUUCGUUUAAUCAAUAUAAUGUCAAGUUCAGUCUUCAAAAUUCCAAGUGAGGAUCUAAGUGUGGAUCUAACUCUGGAAAGAAUAGUAGGAGAUGUGGUGGAUAAUUUUAUCCCUAGUGUAAAAAUGACUGUCAUUUAUAACUCCAACAAGCAACUCAUUAAUGGUCAUGAGCUCACGCCUUCUCUUUUUACGUCUAAACCUCGAGUCGAGAUUGGUGGAGAAGAUAUGAGGGCGUCUUAUACACUAAUUAUGACGGAUCCAGAUGCCCCAAGUCCUAGUGAUCCCUACUUGAAAGAACACCUUCACUGGAUAGUCACAGACAUUCCUGGUACAACUAAUGUGUUGUUUGGAAAAGAAAUUGUGAGUUAUGAAGCUCCAAAACCGAUGGUGGGGUUUCACAGAUAUGUGUUCGUCUUAUUCAAGCAGAGAGGAAGACAAACUGUGAGACCUCCAACUUUGAGAGAUUGUUUUAACACAAGGGCAUUUUCUCAAGACAAUAAUCUGGGUCUCCCAGUUGCUGCAGCAUACUUCAAUGCACAGAAAGAAACUGCUUCUAGAUCAAGAAAAUAAAUUCAUCAAAGUACAAGAAAUUAAUAAUAACACAAUUAUUCUGGUGGCACAUGAAAAAGAAAUUUUUCUUUUUCCUUGGUCUAUCUUAAACAAGUGUCGUCAGUUAAAUUGUCAACAUUUGAUCUUUUUAAUUUGGUGAUGUUAUUUAUGAUUCAGCAUUGGAGUUAUUUUAAUAGAACUAUCUAAUAAGAGGUGUUUGUUUGUUUGCUUUCA